ACACUCGUAUUGACGUUAGAAAUAAGGUCGAGAUUUAUGUAUAGUAUAGUCAAGGGAAUAAGGACCUGUGAAAGGCAACAAGUGACGGACGCUAAAAACCGUCACAAUGUCUCAUAAGAAUUUGCAAAAUGUAGAAGGUAGCUCUUUUUCUCUCGAAGCAUUGUACUAGUGAGACAGAUCUACAUUGAACUUGGUAAACCAUAAAUGGUUAAAAUUUUCUUUCCUAGGAAAAGUAUUUUUUCCUGCCGUGACAAGACAAAUGUCGAUGAAAUUUUGUUAUAGUAAUAUAUCAUCAUUUACAUAUUCGUUAACUGAUCAACAUGUUUAUCAUGGUAAUAAAUAUGUAACAAUAGGUUCCUUGAAAUAUGGUGCAGAUACUCAUACAAUGUAUACGAUAUCGUGUGAUGAUCAGCGGGAAAAUAUUACCAAAUUUGUCUAUAAUGGAAAUGAAAAGAAAUUAAAAUCGAUUGGUCCAGAUAAAUGUGAGUGGUGUUUAUUUGACCUUGCACAACAGAUGAUGGCUAAUAUUACAUACGGCAGACGUUAUUCUGGUGCUGAUUAA